AUGUCUUCGGGAUCAACAAAUGAAGACCUAUUACUUUCUAAUCGUGAUAUUUCAGCGAAUCAAUUGCAAACCUAUCGUUCUAAUAAUGAACCCACGCUCAUGACUAGUUCAUCAGGAAUGCCUAUAGGUGACAAAAUCUGCUCAUUAACAGCCGGCUUACAUGGUCCAAUAGUCUUACACGAUGCAUGUUUACUCGACGAAAUCGGUCAAUUCAAUGAAGAAAAGAUUCCGGAACGUUGUUCGUAUGCCAAAGGUUCGGGUGCAUUUGGAACUUUUCAAUGCACGACUGAUCUAGGCUCCUCGAUAACGCGAGCACAUUUUCUUGAUACACGUGAUAAACAAACACGAGUAGCAGUGCGAUUUUCACGUUUUACGAGUGAAUUAGGCAGCGCAGAUACCGUACGUGAUAUACGUGGUAUGUCAAUCAAGUUCUAUACGGAUUGUGGAAAUUUUGAUUUGAUCUGUAAUCAUCUACCUGUCUUCUUUAUUCGCGAUCCGAUUCUUUAUCCAUCCCUUGUUCAUGCACAAAAACGAAAUCCGGUUACAAAUCUGUUUGAUUACGAUGCCUACUGGGAUUUUCUGACAUUAAGACCAGAAACGAUGCAUUGCCUAAUAUUACUCUAUAGCCAUCGUGGCUUACCGAAUGGUUAUCGUUACAUGAAUGGUUACUCUGUUAACACUUACAAAUUUUUAUCAUCUGAAGACAGAGUAUCAUAUGUUCGUUUUCAUGUUAAAUCUAAUCAAGGAAUCAGUUCAAUUGAUUCAACAAAAGCUCUUGUGUUAGCUGGUAUGGAUUCAGAUUACGCCACACGAGACUUGUAUAAUACGAUCUGUGCGAACAAAGAAUUACCAUCGUGGACAUUAUGCAUUCAGCAAAUGAAUGAAGAAGAGAUGAAAAUUUCAUCUUUUGACCCAUUUGAUACAACGAAAGUGUGGCCAAAAUUGGAUUAUCCAUUGAUUCCGCUAGGAACAAUUACAUUAAAUCGUUUACCAGCCAAUCAUUUUUCCGAAAUUGAACAACUAGCAUAUUCGCCGGCAAAUCUCGUUCCAGGCAUUGAAGUAUCUCCUGAUAAAAUGCUUCAAGCACGCAUAUUUGCGUAUUCGGAUGCACAGCGUUAUCGUCUGGGCAAAAAUUACGCUCAACUACCCGUAAAUCGUCCAUUGAAUCCAAUUACGAAUAAUUAUCGUAAUGGACAUAUGUGUUUAAAUAAUCAAAACGGUGCACCGAAUUACUUUCCAAAUAGUUUCCACGGUGCAACAACAUCUUCUCAUUUCAAAGAAUCGACUUAUCCUGUGGAAGGUAAUGUCGCACGUUAUGAAUGUUCCAAUGGCAUCGAUGACUUUCAUCAAGCGCAAAGAUUUUAUCGAGAGGUGUUGAGCGCAGAUGAACGUCUGAUGUUAGCAAGAAAUUUAGCCAAAAGUUUAGCAUUAACACAACAGUUUAUAUGUAAAAGAGCACUGGAGAAUUUCUCGCACAUCGAUCAAGAUUUAACAAAAGACAUAGAACAUUUUCUCAGUUUACAAAGACCAACAACAAUGGAAGAUCGCAGCAUUCAAACUGACUUCGAAGGAAAGAUUUGA